UGAUAGUCGUGAUACUCGUCAUCUGGACGGAACGGAAGCAGCGACAUUAAUCCCGGUCGCGGGAGACCGGGAACACCGCGGAGGUGUACGUGGAACCGGGUGGAGUUAAUCACCUGUCCAGCUCCGACAGCGUCUGCAAUUCCUGCGGCGUGAGGACCAAGAUGCCAAUACCCAAAAAGAAUAAAGAAGACGCGAACAAGGAAGCCUACAGUAGUAUAGAUGCCUCACAGGAAGCCAAAUCCUUUUUAGAAAAAAUCAUGGGUGAUGUGAGCAAAUCUUCAGCGACCAAACAGAUCAUCAUUGGUACCACAUCAGGAUGGGUAACUGGAUUCGUCACCAUGAAGAUUGGGAAGAUGGCAGCCUGUGCAGUUGGUGGUGGAAUCAUCAUGCUGCAAAUAGCUGCACAUCAGGGUUACAUAAAAAUUAAUUGGGACAAGAUUAUGAGUAAAGCCGAGAAAAUAACAGAUAAGGUGGAAGAAAAGAUUACCGGCGAAGGACCAAAUUUCAUGGAUAAGGCCGAGAGAUUCGUCGAUAAAAAGCUGGAUAAAGCCGAGCGAUUGCUGAAACAAGGGAAGACCUAUACACGGCGCUGGUACCACAUGUUGACCGGCGGCGACGAUAGCUUCCAGCCAACGGAAUUCCAUUUCUUUCUAGUCUCGUAUGUGGCGGGAGUCGCGAUCGGUAUCGCCACAGCUAACUAGGUAAUAAGUUGCUGCACUCUGAAUGCAACCAAGAGAAAGAUCGACAUCCAUGUCGCGUCAAAAGACAGCUGCUCCACUAUUGACGCACAUGACAACGUCGUCGACGAGUAUAACAAUACAAUCAUGGACGAGGUAAGAAAUAAGAUCAACGUGUUGAAAAAAUGGGUCGCGCGAAGUACGCUUAAUAAUCCUAGAUAAAUACCUUUAUUUUUUAGUUUGUCACUAUUGUUAGCGAUGAGUAAAACUUAUUCAUGCAUUAUAGAAUUGCUUAUAAUAUUUUUUCUUCUUUUAGAGUUUGAAGUAAGAAUAUACAUAACGGAAUAGUUUCAAUCAAAAUGUUUAUAUAAACUAUUUUAAGACCAACAUAUUUUAAGAUCAAUAAGUAGAAUAAACUUUACUCAUUGUUACCAUCUCUAGAAUUAAUACAUCAAACAAAUGAAAGUCCCUAAUGUUUUCUAGACGUAAAAUUGAAAAAAACUUAUUUAUAACAUUGAGGUUUAUUGAAAUUUUUGUAUCGCUUCAGUAUAUUUAUUUUUAUUCUAUCUUGUAAACUUUAUUCUAUCUUGUAAACGAAAAGAAUCUUAGAAUCUUGAUAAUUUUGCUGUCAUUUGUAUACAACAUGCAAAUCAAAAAAUAUAUAACACGUGCAUAAUGAAAUGAUAGAGGUUUCUUGUUCGUUCAGAAUGCAGCAGAAAUUAGUCAUUCUAGGAUGUAAAUCGUUAAAAUAAUAUUGUAUACUCAUUAUACUAUUAUUGUAAAGGAUUGUGAUUCCAAUUUUUCUUUCAUUAUUUACAUUUAAUUUGCUAAUCGCCAUAUAUUUAUAUCACAUUGUUUGUACUUAUAUAUACAGAUCUUAAUAUGUAUUAUCUACAAUAAAAAUGAUUGAUUGAUUAAUGAUA